AUGGCUGACAAGACUGAUAAGCCAAGAACGUACGUUCCGCCAUCCCAGCGCAGUAGGAUGCAGUCAGAUAGCUUCUCCAGCGUAUCGGAUCUCAACUCGAGUCCCGGCCUCAAGUUAUCUAUUAGCACUCCUAGCAUAUCAACGGAGGUGAUGAAUCCCAAUGCCCCCUUUGUGAGUGUCAGUGGCCAGACAAAGGUAAAGCAAGAAUAUCAGGGGCAAGAAAACGGGUAUGAAGACGGUACUCGCUCCGUUACCCUAGGUGCUCGAUCUUUUGAUGUCCUUCUCAACCCGUCGACCUCCGGCUCCAAUCUUACUGUUAGGCAUAUAAAAUCCCAACAAAGGUUGUCAGAUAAGCUCGACAUGCUAAUUCCACCUCCAGAGAUAAUUCUCUUCAAGCGCAGCGCGGAAAACAAGAUGAUAAUCGACUAUAACUCCAUGGAGCCAGCCAAUAUAAAGAUCGAGUAUCCACAACUGGAAGGGAAGAAUAAGGGGGUAAAUAAAGGCAACUUUAGAGACCUGGACUUCAAAGACUUCUCUUCGGAGACCCUUCAGAAGCUUGGCUUUCCUCAAGACUUGAUCAGGAACGUUGGAAAGCUCCGCUAUACACAGCCGACGCCCAUCCAAGAAAAUGCGAUCCCCCUUGUGCUGUCUUCUAUGGACCUUUUAGCAACGUCCCAGACAGGCUCUGGAAAAACGUUUUCCUUCUUAUCUCCCAUCAUUGCACAGCUCAUUAGUAGUCGUGCAAAGGAUGCUAUCUCGGACGAUGAUAAGAAUAUGGAACAAUCCAUGUCUUUUCCUUUGGCUGUUAUCCUGUCCCCAACUAGGGAGCUCACCCAACAGAUUGCAUUCAUGUGCUACCAGCUCACCUUCAAGACCAACCUUAUUGUGAGGCUUGUUUAUGGGGGUGAGGGGGCUAGGGAGCAGAGAGGCCUAUUAAAGAAGGGCUGCGACAUUGUGAUAGCAACACCUGGUCGCCUCAAAGAUUUCCUCGAGAGGAGGUGUCUUAGCUUAAAAUAUGUUCGUGUCAUGGUGCUAGACGAGGCAGAUAAAAUGCUCGAUAUGGGAUUCGAACCUCAAAUCCGCGAUCUUGUAUACAAGUUUGAUAUGCCUGGUAAUGGACCUAACGGCAAUCGGCAAACCCUUAUGUUUAGCGCUACCUUUGGGACCGGGGUUCAGGCCAUGGCCAAGCGAUAUCUCCACAAUGAAGCCCGCAUACACGUUGGGCAAAUAGGUAGCACAACUACGAUGAUAAAGCAGCAAUUUGAAUACUUUGCCGAAACAGCUAUAAAGUCAGUGGACAAACGCAUUGAUAAACUAAUACAUAUCUUGAAGAGCCCCGGUUCUAUCCCUACGGCCUCAUUUCUUACUCUGAUAUUUGUAGAAACAAAGAAGGAUAUCGGGUAUAUCAUAACAAAGCUCCUCAAUGCUGGCCUGAGGGUGUGCGAGAUGCAUGGGGAUCUUGAGCAGCGCGAGAGGCAGAACAAUCUCAAGAGCUUCAAGGACGGAAAGACUCCCGUUCUCGUUGCUACUGACGUAGCCCAGCGUGGCAUCGACAUAGGAGCAAUCCGACACGUCAUUAAUUUCGAUUUUCCAAAAGAUAUAGAUACAUAUAUACAUCGCAUUGGUAGAACGGGACGCGCUGGGGCAGAGGGGCUUGCUACAUCUUUUAUUCUUCUCGACACACCCCACUACAUAUUGAGGGACCUGAAGAAUAUCCUUCUGCAAUCCAAGCAACCGUUGCCAAAGUUCCUUCAGGACAGCAUGCCAAGCAAGUACGGGCAGGUGAGUGGUAGGGUGAGAUCCAGGGAAUAUGAGUCUGUGAAAAAAGGUGCACGGAUUGACUCUGAUGAAGAUUUGUCCGACUCAAGUGAUUGUGCUGAACAGCUCCACUCGCGGUCUAGUCGUCAUACAGGAGCCUCCGAAGCUGUGACUCCGGCUAAAACCCCAGCCAAACCGUCAGCCUCUAUAAACGACACGAAAGAACCCGCUGAACGUUGGGAUUAA